UACAGUACAGAGGGACAGUGUCCACGCCUUUUUCAUCCCAUCAAUACGGUGUCCUCAUUCGAUCCAGCCAGGCAAUCUGACAAGGAUUUUCCAAUGGCGAAAGUCUCUCCCUGUUCACGUCUCACCCUUCUUCUUCUUCUGAUACCUCAUUUCCUGACUGUAUCACCUGCCACUCAGGAUGACCUUGUUAUCGACACCACGCAUGGUAAAGUUCAAGGGAAGAUGCUUUCAGUGCUGGGUGGUGAUGUUAGAGCAUUUUUAGGAAUUCCUUUUGGAAAACCACCUCUGGGGAAACUGCGAUUCAGCGCUCCAGAGCCAGUAGAGAGUUGGGAAGGAGUGAAGGAUGCCACCAAAUUCCCAAAUUCCUGCUACCAACUGCUGGAUAAAACCUUUCAAGGUUUCCAAGGUUCAGAGAUGUGGAACCCAAACACUCCUUUAAGUGAAGACUGUCUGUACCUAAAUGUCUGGUCUCCACGUGUCAACAAAACCCAGCCUAAGCCGCCACCACUGGCUCCUGUCCUUGUCUGGAUCUAUGGAGGCGGGUUCACUCAAGGAACAUCCUCUCUGGACAUUUAUGAUGGUCGCUACUUGACUAAAUCUGAAGGUGUUGUUGUGGUAUCAAUGAAUUACAGAGUCGGAGCUUUUGGUUUCCUGGGUAUGCCUGACAACAAGAACUUCCAGAGCAAUGCAGGCCUGCUGGACCAGCGCUUGGCCCUCCAAUGGAUUGCCAAAAACAUAGCUGCUUUUGGAGGUGAUUAUACAAAGGUGACUCUGUUUGGGGAGAGCGCUGGGUCAGUGUCUGUGGGCCUCCACCUGCUCUCUCCAGGAAGCCAUGGUCUUUUCCAAAGGGCUGUGUUACAGAGUGGCACUCCCAAUGCACCAUGGGCCACAAUAAGCCAGAAUGAGAGCUGGCAAAGGUCUAUGAAGCUGGCGAUGCUACUGGGUUGUCCCUCAUCUCCUCCAUCUGAUAUGAAAGCUUGUCUGCAGAAGGCUGAUCCUCAGGAAAUCUCAUUGAAGCAAAAUGAUGUUCUCACACAGCCUGCAAUGUUAGGCAUACCUUUUGUCCCUUGUGUUGACGGGGACUUCCUACCAGAUAAAGUCGAAGUGUUGCUAAGUACCGGUAACCUUCCAAAGAAAGAGGUGCUGUUUGGCUUGAACAAAGACGAAGGGCCCUACAUCCUAGUUUAUGGAGUUCCUGGGUUUGACAUCACCGGUCAGAGUCUCAUCACCAGAAAUGAGUUCCUAAAAGGAGUGGCAAUUGCAAUGCCACAUGAAAGUGAUGUCACUAGAGAUGGGGCCGUGUUCCAGUACACUGACUGGACAGAUGAGAAUAACAGGACGAAAAAUCGGGACUUGCUUGGUAGUCUGCUUGGAGACCAACUGUUUGUUUGUCCUGUGCUAGAGUUCGCUCACAGGUACUCUCAACGUGGUGGUAACACUUUCCUUUAUUUUUUUGACCACCGGUCAUCCGUCAAUCCUUGGCCAGAAUGGAUGGGCGUAAUGCACGGCUAUGAGAUUGAAUUUGUCUUCGGAAUGCCUCUGAACGCAUCCCUGGGAUACACGAAGAAUGAAGUGAACAUGACAAAGAAGUUUAUGAAACACUGGGCCAACUUUGCUCGGAUGGGGAAUCCAGGCAUUGAUGGAUAUAACUGGCCGACGUUCACCCCUGAACAGCAGGAAUAUGUCACUCUGAACUACAACCAUCCAGAACGAAAGAGGAUGAUGAGAGCUAAAGAGUGUCACCUCUGGAACACAUUCAUUCCGAAAGUACAGAAAGUCUCAGAUGAUCUGCUGUCUUGUGUUAAAGCAAAUGGGAUUAUACUCCACUGUAACUACACCUUCCUCCUCUUUCUAUUGGUUAUAACUUUAAUCUAUUAAUAUAUAUGCAUUCUAUACAGACAUAUCCAAGAGCUUGGUCUUUACUGUUAUUUCAAACAUUUUGGAAUUUACUGAAUAUUUAAAUGUAUGAAGAGUGUGGUUUGGUUAAACAAAUUAACCUGUUUGUUGCAACUGUUCCUUCAAUAACUAGCAUUAACAGUGAUUGAUUUAUUAAGCGAUGCAGCUAUUCAGAUAUCAUGGUAUAGCAACAUGAUCCCCAGCUCUGCAGGCAUUGUAUUUUCAUGAGGGAUCAAGCCAUCCCAUUUAUUUUGCAGGUCCUGGUGCUGCACAAUGCACAACAAUAAAACAGUGGUUUAAGUUAUGACAUGAACAUUUUAUUUAUCAUAAUAUUCAGCGACUGUUUUUUCUACUUGGUUGUGCCUUUCUUUCAAAAUUGUUUGUAUAAAUGUUGCUUACAGUUAAAGUUGGUUGAUUGAAACAUUUAAGUGCACUUGUAUUGGAAAAAUCGGCUCGUGAACAUCAUGCAGUGGACUUCAAUCAAUGCAUUUUUUGCUUGUUGUCUAAUAAAAUCUGUCCCGAUUUGCUAUAACAACUUCCAGUCUAGUAGACUACUUCUUCAAAA